GAGCUUCAGUUUGAACGUCUGACUCGAGAACUUGAGGCUGAGCGUCAGAUUGUUGCCACCCAGCUGGAGAGAUGCAAGCUGGGAUCAGAUGCAGGCAGCAUGAGCAGCAUCAGUUCAACUGAUGAGCAAUUCCGCUGGAACGCUCAAGCAGAUGGACAAAAGGAUAUUGAGGAUGAGUUAACCACAGGUUUAGAGUUGGUCGAUUCCUGCAUUCGGUCUCUUCAGCAAUCAGGGAUUCUUGACAGCGGAGAACGACCGGCUCUCCUUUCCCAGAGUUCUUUGCAGCUCAACUCCACCCCGGAGGCUUCGCUCCAGUACUCUGCCAGCUACCAUAGCAACCAGACCCUCGCCCUCAGCGACAGCAUCUCUGCAGCAGCUCCUCAGCGCGGCGGGCAGGUCGGAGGCGCCGUGCACAGCUACAACCAGGUGACRUCCAGUCGUGCAGCCCAGCAACAACAAUCACAAACUGGGGCAGGAUCAGGAAUCUACUACUCCAGCUCGACUUUACCCACCCAGCGUGUCAGUUCCCCUCUGUCCGGAGGAGGCGGUUCCCCCAGUAAACACCAACGCCUGGGAUCAGCCUCCGAUGCACCGGGGCACUCUACCGGUCAACGCCUCCCUUCCUCUUCCUCCUCCUCUUCCUCUCCCAGCAAACAGUCAUCUGCUAAUCGACUGGCCAAGUCAUACAGUACUACAGUCGCUGUGACAACAGCAGGAGGGGGGUCCCCCCUGAGGGUGGCGUCUCCGUCCAACUCCACAGGUACAGGAGGAGGGACCGGCUUAUCAUCGUCCCCCCUUCACCAGAUGAGUUCGGGCAUAGGAAGCUAUGCCACUCUGUCUCCCAAACGCCUGGCAGCUCACCACGCCUCGGACCAGUACAAGAUCUCACACGAGCUCUACGCUACGGCCACGCUGCAGCGGCCCGGCAGUUUGGCAGGCUCUCGUGGUUCCUACAGCAGUCAGCACAGUCAAGAGGCCCUUCGACCCUUGGGGUCCCCAGAGCACAAUAUAGAUCCUAUCUAUGAAGAACGUGUCUACCACAACAAGGGUCCCAUGAGGAGCCUUAGUCAGAGCCAGGGACCAGAAACCGGUCCCUACCGCAACAACACAGACCUGAUCUUGCGUGUCCAUAACCAGGUCCAUGACCUAAGUUAUGUCCUUUGUCCCUACUUCCCUGUCCUAGCACCUUCCUCCCCCGGUGUCGACUCCACCUCUUUGCAGCGCACAGGAAGUCACGGCACAGGAACGGGAGGCUACGGCCGUGGCGGAACCAAUAACUACGCCACAGUGGGACCCGGGUACACUUCAAGCGGAGACGUAUACGGGUCCGAUCCUUAUGUGGCGGACCCGUACCGCACCCUGCAGUACUGCCCCUCGGUGGUGGAAUCUCCCUACAGCAAGUCUGGACCAGCCCUGCCUCCUGAAGGGACCCUGCAGCGUUCACCUUCCAUUGACUCGAUUCAAAAGGACCCAAGAGAGUUUGGGUGGAGAGAUCCGGAGCUGCCAGAGGUGAUCCAGAUGUUGCAGCACCAGUUCCCCUCGGUGCAGUCCAAUGCUGCAGCCUACCUGCAGCACCUCUGCUUUGGAGACAACAAAAUCAAAGCUGAGAUCCGUAGACAGGGAGGCAUCCAGCUGCUGGUCGAUCUGCUGGACCACAGGAUGAGCGAGGUCCACCGCAGYGCCUGCGGGGCCUUGAGAAAUCUGGUUUACGGCAAGGCCAACGAUGAAAACAAAGUGACCCUGAAGAACUGCGGGGGGAUUCCUGCCUUGGUCCGUCUGCUGAGGAAGACGGGGGACGUGGAGAUCAAAGAGCUGGUCACAGGUGUGCUCUGGAACCUGUCGUCAUGCGAUGCACUGAAGAUGCCAAUCAUCCAGGACGCCCUGGCAGUUCUCACCAACAGCGUCAUCAUCCCCCACUCCAACUGGGACUCAUCUCCCAGYCACCAUGAUGACCGCAAGCUCCACCUUCAUACCUCCCAGGUGCUGCGCAACGCUACGGGCUGUCUCAGGAAUGUAAGCUCAGCAGGUGAAGAGGCGAGACGAAGGAUGCGGGAGUGUGAUGGCCUUACGGAUGCUCUGCUCUACGUCAUCCAGACUUCUCUGGGUAGCACUGAGAUCGACAGCAAGACGGUAGAGAACUGUGUUUGUAUUCUGAGGAACCUGUCGUACAGACUGGCUGCUGAGACAUCCCACGGCCAGCAGGGUGGUUUGGAGGAGCUGGACGGGCUGCUUUGUGAUGCCAACGGUUGCGAGGGCGAGAGCUCCGGMUGCUGGGGGAAGAAGAAAAAGAAAAAGAAGGGCGCCGACCAGUGGGAUGGAGUGAGCCCCUUUCCCGACACAGCAGAGCCUCCCAAAGGGGUUCAGAUGUUGUGGCACCCCACCAUCGUCAAGCCCUACCUCACUCUGCUUUCUGAAUGCUCGAACCCUGACACCCUUGAAGGUGCAGCYGGGGCUCUACAGAACCUGGCUGCAGGCAGCUGGAAGUGGUCGGUGUACAUCCGGGCAGCUGUCCGCAAAGAGAAAGGCCUUCCAAUCCUGGUGGAGUUACUGAGGAUAGACAACGACAAAGUGGUGUGUGCUGUCGCCACCGCUCUCAGAAACAUGGCGCUGGACAUCAGAAACAAGGAACUUAUUGGUAAAUAUGCCAUGAGAGAUUUGAUCCACCGGUUACCAGGCAGCAGUAGCAGCAGCAACAACAACACCACCAGCAUCGGGACCUCUGGUACCACAGGAACUCCCAGCAAGGCCAUGUCCGACGACACAGUAACUGCCAUCUGCUGCGCGCUGCACGAAGUCAUCACCAAGAACAUGGAGAACGCAAAAGCUCUACGUGACGCCGGCGGCAUCGAAAAACUCAUUGGCAUCGCUCGCAGCAAAGGAGACAAACACUCUGCAAAAGGACGGUUACUCCCAGCAUCACUUUGUGGGUUCUGCUUCAACAAUAGAGCGAGACAGGCAGAGGCCCUACUCCUCAUCCCGAACUCCCUCCGUCUCUCCUGUCAGGACAUCCCCAAAUAACCGCUCCGGUCCAGUGUCGUGUGGGUCUUCAACAUUGUUCCGAAACUCUUACCUGACUGCCAGUGAUGACAUCAAGCAAAACCAGACUCCAGCCCAGCCUUGUGUCGUGCCCCCUCAGCCCCAGCAGGACAGCCCGUCGGCAGCAGUGCUAAAUGACUACGACCCCUACCCCCCUCCUCCUUCCUUCCCCCAGCCUCAGCCGCCGCAGCUGCCGCCUCACAGCCAGAGCCGGAGCUUCGACGAGGCCUUCUACGAGGACCAGGGACCGCCGCCCCCACCGUCCCAGCCACAGCCGCCACUGCAGGCGCAGGCCCAGCCCCAGGCCCAGCCCCAGCCCCAGCAGCCUCCGGGCUCCGCCGGACCACCCCGGGACCCGCGGGAGGAUCUGAGAAUGCACCUGGGCCUUAAGUCCACCGGCAACUACGUAGACUUCUACUCGGCCUCUCGGCCRUACAGCGAACUGAACUACGAGACCAGCCACUACCCGGCAUCACCCGACUCCUGGGUCUAACUGGACUGACACAUCUGACGAUGGGUGGGAGGGGGUCUGUGUGUGCUUGUGUGAACGGGAUUAUUUUUUUUGCAGGAGACUAUAGGAGCUGAUUAACUUGAGGUUGAUGUGAGCUGCAUUUUGCAAAAGGACCUUGUUGCCCAGAGCAGAUUUUUUCUUCUUCUUUUUUUUCAAAAAAAAAAUUUGGAACAAAGCUGGAAAGUGAAAUCAAAGCGACAAAGAGAAGACUGUGCAUGUGCAUGCAAACAUUUUGUUGUUUUACAACCACUUUAUUUGUUUGAAGUUAGCUCCAUUUCAUCCCUAAGUGGAGGUGAUGGGAGUCGAUGCGAAGACGUGCGCUUGACGAGCUGUGCAGGGAGCGGGGGAGGGAAAAGCAGAAGAGCACAUGCUUCAAGUGGAAGAGGGAGUAUGAAGAGGGGGAAAAACUGAUGAGGUAAAGCAGUUCCUCAGUAGGAGGAGUGAGGAAGUGGUUCGUCCUUAAGCUGCAGAAAGAAAAAGGAUAGAGAGAUUAAAAAAACAGAUGGCAURAAGGUUCCAGAGGAGGUGAGGAAAAAGAAAAGCACAGAAAAAGAUAAAAGCACACCAACCUCAAGGCAAGAAGCGGAUGUUUACCAUUUCACCAAAGUGACAAACGUAGCACUGCUUUUAUUUAUUAUUUUAAUUUCUUUUUUUAUUUUUUUUUUCUUUAUUUUUUUACCUUGUUGCCUGUAGAAGCUCAGAAGUUUGUUUUAAAGGAAUGUCAUCUUCAAGAGACUUUUAACCGCCAUUAUUUUACUUUUCUAUACUUACACGGUCAGAACCUUUUUUUAAAUUUUCUGUGUACAGUGAAAAUAUAUGUGUAUAUUACACUUUUUUUUUUUUUUGAUGAGCUGCUCUUAAUUUAAUGAUUUUUAUGCCCAUGACUGACUAACCGGAACAACAAACGAGUCCAAAACAACAGAAGCACGUAAAAAGAAAAAUGCUGGAUGUCAGCAGACAGUGAUUCACUUAUCUUUCCCCCCCAUUUCCCAGCCAGAGAGGAAGUCCUGUAAUAUUUGGGAUUUUCUCUUWCUAUCAAGUAAAAAAAUAAAUAAAAAUUAAGUGGACAUAAUCAGACGUUGAGAGCAGCUUAAGGCGGAGCAGCUUUGUUCCCCGAUCUCAAUCCAGAAAAGUGCUUUUUUUGUUCUCACUGCCAAAACAAUAUACAGAUGUAUGUUUUAAAGCACACUGUCUUCAGAAAAAGGGUUUGGGAGAUUUAACAGUGUUCAAUUUCAGUGGGAUGUCAUCGUUACUUUCGCAUCAAAGCCGGUCCAAAAAAAAAAAAGCUAAAUCCGUACAGAACAUGGCAGUGUACGAGGAGAAAAAAAACAAAAA